AUGAGCAUUAGCAGUGGAAUAAUUAAUCAAACGAUGCAUCAUCGUAUUCAAAUGCCUAAAGCAUACUAUGUGCCUUCAACUGAUGUUGUGACAACAAUUGUUCUACCAACAAUUUUAUUUUGUAUUGCUAUGGUAAUUGCAAUGAUUAUUGGAAUAAAUAAAUGUAAACAAUGGGAAUUAGAUAAAAUUGUUGAAAUGAGACGUACGCGACGUGUGGUACAACGGAUAACAGCACGUUUACGUGAAAAAAAUUUUCGAACUAUACAAAAAGCUCGUAGUAUGCGACAACGAAAGAGAGAGUUGUUCAAAGCUAAAUCAAGCAAUCAGAUGAAUGAAUUAAUGAUAACCAAUGGUACAUCACCGCCAACAUACUCGAUAAAUCCGCCAACUCAAUAUGGUACUUCACCGCCACCUAGUUAUGAGGAUGCGCUUUUGGAUGAAUUUUUCAAUGAAUGUCGACCAGUACGAUAUUAA